GACGCAUCGUGCGUCGUAAUAGACAACUCUAGGUAUUUCUCUCUCCCGCGGCGGCUGUGGAACCCUAGGUCGAACGCCCGCGACCCUGUGCUCUUCAGCGGCGACGGCGUCCAUCGGCACGCGCCAGCCCAUGCAAACUGCAGGUCCACACUCUAAGGAGAGAUCUUAUACGCUAGAUCAGCUAGUCGCUUGAAUGAACAACCUCAUUAGUAGCAAUCAGCAACACUACGACACCACUAGUUCCAGUCACAUGGAGCCAACCAGUUACUUGCAAAUGCAUAUGAAUGAAGAAGAGUUUGGCACACCCAGAAAGAAUGCAGCCAUACCCCUAGCUUUUUUGUCUUUUACACCUGAAUGUGAUGAGAACUUGAAGCCUAAAGUAGGUAUGGCAUUUGAAGGACUCGAGGCAGUGGAGAAGUUCUACAAGGCAUAUGCACAUAAUGCGGGUUUUGGAGUUCGUAUCGGACAACAGAAGAAGACUGAGAAUAAGGUGGUCCGAACUAAGCGCUUUAUGAGUAAUAGGGAAGGAUUCAAGUCGAAAGAUAGUAAGGAGGUCGAUGACCCCUCGAGGAAAAAGCGUAAGCAGGCCAACACACGAUAUGAUUGUGAUGCACACAUCUUUGUUAGACUUUCUGGGAAGAACAACCUACAAAAAAUAAGGCAUAACUAUUGAUUCCUUAUUGUUAAAAAAUAAUAUGACUAACAAAAAUAAAUUCUUUGCAGGGAGAGUGUUUUUGAUGAACAAGGGAAUUUACUAGAAGAAAAACCCACUGAUGCAUUGGACGCGGCCACAAGAGAGAAGAUUUCAACUAUACGUAAUAAGAUGGAAGAUAUGAUUCAGAAGGCGAAGCACUCAGAUGUAGGCAUGGACUUCUUAACAUCAAGUGUGUUGAACAUUGAGGCCCCUCUAGACCAAAUGGUUCCUGCAACUACCAAAAGCACAAGGCAAGAGGAAUACGAGGCUUUUAUUGGUUGCAAUAUUCCUACUGAAGUUCAUAUACAUCCGCCCACUGAUGUUCAUACGGUGGGGAGAUGCAAAAGAAUAAAGAGCGGAAAGGAGACCAAGGAGGAUAGUCGAAAAAAGAAGGACAAAGAAGUAAAGGCAAGGGUAGCACGAUUGUGCAAGACAUGCAAGCAAAUAGUAUUUCAUGAUAGUCGCAAUUGUCCAAGCAAAGGGAAAAAGAGCCUGAUUGUGGAAGAUAUGCAACUAAAUGGUGCUUGCUGAUGCCAAAUUUUGCGAUGCAAAGAAUGAUUUUAUAUAUGUUAUGAUUUAGCCUUUGAUGUACAGGAGCCAUGUAAUGGACGGGAAUUUUUUUUGCGGGGUAAUG